AUGAAGCUGCCACCGCGUGCACAAGGGGCAAAUCCGCCAACUUCUCCUCAAAAGUGCUUGUUAUCGCGACCAGGACAAUUCACGGUUGAAAGUCGACGAUGCACGGUAUGCCGGGUUAGGGAGAGAGCUCUCAGGCAUCGACAGCCGCGACACGGAACCGAUACUGCGAAUCAUGAUCCUGCAAGUGGUCACGCGGUCAACAGCGAUAAAGAGUAUUCGCGUAAUGAACUCCGUCCUUCAACUCAAGUUCUCGAGUUUGGUCAGUCUGAAGCAUCCAGCGAGAAUGCGCUUGUGGAACGCGUUGACUUGCCACUUCUCUCUGUUCCAGCGCGUAAUCGUUCGCAGACUGUCGAUUGUCAAGGCGGAAGCAGCUUCAUGCUCAACAACCCAAGCUGCCCUCGCUGCAUCACCACGCAACUUCUCGGUCCGACUCUUUCCAACGGCCCGAUCGACGAGAAGAUCUUCUACCCUAAGUCGAAGCCGAUCCUCCAGAUCGCCACGACGGAGGACGAGCUCUUCUCGGUUGUUUUCGAAGACUCCAAGUCCGAGUUCUGCUUGUUUUUCGAUCUGCGUCUCUUCGAUGAGCCCUUCCGAGCAGGACUUGGCCACAUCUCGGAGAUGUUCGUGGAGGGGCAGAUGGAUGAGGCCGUGGGGCCAUCAGAUUCCUCGAGCGCGAAACCAACCCAUGGCCAAUCGAACAAGUUGAGUUGUAGUUUUUCAGCCUUUGGCACAGAACGAAUUGACUACCGCGGGGACUAUCAGUAG